UAUAUCCUCAGUUUUGUCGACCAAAAACUUAACCAUGAUGAUCAUGAACAAAGAACAACAAGACAUGCAGUUUCUUGGUCUCUUUGGGAUCUACAAAGAGUCCUACAAGAUCAUACUCUCAUGGAGGAAGAUCUUCACUAAGAUCACCUUAUCCCUAAUCCUCCCUCUCUCCUUCAUGUUCUUAAUCCAAAUACAAGUUUCCAAUUCACUCUUCACCAAGAUCAUCAACCACUCCCAACAAAUCAUCUCAACCCCACAAGACACACCCCAAUUCAAAAGACUCUCCCAAACAGUUUCUUCCGAAUGGGUAACUUUCUUGGUCUUCAAGGUCUUUUACUUGGCUUUGUCGAUCAUAUUCUCCCUCCUUACAACCUCAGCAAUAACCUACACCAUCUCGUUGUUUUAUGCUUCAACCCAUGAUGAUGAGGUGGUGAAUCUCAGAAAGGCUAUAAGCAUAGUUCCAAAGAUAUGUACUAGGCUUAUGACAACUUUCUUGUGCGUAUUCGUGGCGCUUUUGGUCUACAACUUUGUGGCGGUUCUUGUUUUUAUCAUAUUGGCUUUGACAAUAAACGCUUAUUCUGGGACAGAAAAUUAUGCUGUUCUUGGGAUUGCAUCAGUAUUUUCAAUCAUAUUGGUCUUGACAUAUUUGGUAGGUUUAUUCUACCUCUCAUUGAUUUGGUCACUAUCCAAUAGUGUAACGGUGUUGGAAGACUCAUACGGGUUUGAAGCAAUGAAGAAGAGCAAGGAAUUAAUAAAGGGGAAGAUGGGGUUGUCCUUACUCUUAUUUUUCACAAUAAUUGUUUCCUAUGGUUUGAUACACUUUUUAUUCAUGAUGGUUGUUGUUCAAGGAUGGAACAUGAACUCGGUGGUGAGAAUAGCAUAUAGUAUACUCUGUUUGUUGCUUUUGUCUCAUCAAAUCUUGUUAGGACAAGUUACCCACACGGUGCUCUAUUUUGUUUGCAAGUGUUACCACAAGCAAAAUAUUGACAAGUCUGAUUUGUCUAUUUACUUGGAAUAUCAGCCAUUGAAGAAUAAAGAUGUAUGUUGAGGUGGGACAGUAGUACCAUGUUUGAUUAUGGUUUUAUGGUUUUAAUGUGUGUAACUAAAAUAAAGGGUUGUGCCCGCAUGUUUACAACUUUACAUGUUUUAUUAACAAAAAGAUCAUGAGUAUUUCUACUUUCUAAA